AUGUGCUCUUCCGUGUUUGUUGUAACCGGCGGUUUUUUACUCUCCUGUUGCAAUCCUCACACGCCACAGAUGGGUACAGCUCAAAGCCAAGAGCGACCCGAAGUGAUACGUAUUGAUCGGAGCGAAAUACCAGAGGAGUACAAAACUGUUGGAGUGUCUUCUGACGUUGUGAGAAGAGUCAAUGCACAUUCAAGGUUUCGUGGGGAUGCUGAGCAAUUGAGGGACGAACUCGCUAGGGAACGAGAAGAAAAGGCACGUUUGAGGCAAGAGAUGCUCAAUCUAUCAGAUCUCCAGCAACGAAAGACAAGCGAUACAUCUAUGCCUCCAUUACCUGAUGACAUAGAGGAAAGGAAGAAAAUUUUUGAUGAAACUGUGGAACGUGUUCAAGAAAAAUUCUUCGCAUAUCAUAGAGAAAAUGUUUGCGCAGAUAACGAAAAGGAAAUUAUGGAGUGUUUGAAAGCGAAUCCUGGCCGUAUUUUGCAAUGUGCCCAUCUCACUGACUCCUACGAGAAAUGCGUGGCUGAUUUCCGUCAGGAAGUACUGAAAGGAAAUUAGCUCAUCUAAUAAUGUAUUCAAUAGGUCGUUCUUACGCAGAUUUAUCAGUAAGUACUAGGUAGGCGAGAGUAGUCAAGGUGACAUCGGACUGUAUCAUACUGCCUCGAGAUUUUACUUUUUUGUCGAUGUACCGGUUGGCAUUUGUUCAAUGAGUUGUUUGAAUAGAUACGUUUUCUAAAUUGUAAAGAAUAAACAGAUUGUUUCAA